AUGAAAGCCAUAUCCAGGCCCAUUACUUUAAUAAAAUGCGUCCCUCGCCACUUUCCCUUUCGUUCAUCAGGUUAUUCUGUCAGGACAUAUUUUACCAUCUCCCGAACUUCACAGUCACAUAGAUACAAUAUUAAUAUGUCAUCUCGCCGUCACAUUCUACAAAAACCUUUUUAUAGCAGCACCUCCUCUACGGAUGGACGCAUUAUACCUGAGAGCAUUUCAAGUCUGACUAUAGAAAACUAUCAUGAACAGUCUGAUGCCUUGUUAGAUACCCUACUUGACAAAAUCGAACUGGUAGGCGAUAGCCACCCGGAAGUAAUCACGGACGCUGAAUUCUCACAGGGUGUUCUAACCAUCGUUAUUCCGAAGAUUGGAACCUAUGUAAUUAAUAAGCAACCUCCAAACAAGCAAAUAUGGUUGUCAUCUCCAAUAUCAGGCCCCAAUAGGUAUGAUUUGUAUAACGGCGAAUGGGUUUCACUAAGAGACGGAACAAAGCUACUCGAUGUUCUUUCCAAAGAAUUAGCUACUGUUGUUGAUCCUGCUGAAAUAACUUUCUAA